GCAUGCGCAGCUCCUGCUCUCCUACUCUUGACGGGAAAACUUUACAGAAGCAGCGUUUAUAGGUCAAAAAACAAAACAGGAAACAGGAGAAAGAUAAACCUACGGUAGAAAGAAAAAAAAACAUGUGCAAACUAAACUGUUUUACGUUUCUUAACUGCGUGACAUUAUUUUGAACGUCUACUUUCUCCUGGUGCACAGUCUUAUACAAAGCUCUUACUGGAUGAUACUCUGAAACAUAUUCAUGGCUCAAGGCAGUUACAUCCUGAGAAAUGUGUCAGAUCAAAGCUCUGAAGAGUGUGUUCCUAACUACCUGGAGAUUGACUGCAGUUUUCAGUCGGGUGUUGAUCGCCUGGAGUCCGUGGACAGUUUCCAGAACGGCAUCACCAUUAAGCGUCUAAGCCUUAAAAGAAGGCCCAGAGUGGCCGUCGGUAAUGUGGAAAAAACGCAGAGUGGCAUUUCAUCCGGACUGUGGCAUUCUGCAGAAUCCCUGUCAUCGUCUGGCGGUGAUGAUGCAAGACUACUGGGCAUGUCAUCUACAGCUAGAGGUAGACCCCCUCUUCCUCCACCGCAUGGUUCUUCAUCGGACAACAAACCCUCCAGGAUUGAAAGUCCAACAACCUCCCAGGUGCUCACAGAGUCAAAGCCUCAGCCAGCUGCAAGAUCUCUUGCUGUGCAAAGACAAAACUCUGUGAUGGAAAAGUCCGUUGCGGAGACCCACAAGCACUUGACUCAGGAGGUGAUGAACCAGACUCCACCUCAACCCUUUCCCCGUCGACGACUUGCAAGCUUUGGAGGUGUAAGCUCCCCUGGGUCACUCUCACCCUUUACUGGCCUGGGUGCAUAUAAUCAGAACAACAAUGGAAACAAGCCUUCUGACACAGGAGCUGAUAUGUCUGCACACCUUGGCUCAUCCCUGGGCACUAGAGGCAGCACGGGUAGCCUGAGGCUAAGCCCACAGAGCUCUGGUAGAACUACCCCGGUUUCAAGUCUUGGUCCCAUGCAUCUGCAGCACGUCCGUGACCAGAUGGUGGUAGCUCUGCAAAGGUUGAAAGAGCUGGAGGAGCAGGUGAAAAUCAUCCCUAUCCUCCAGGUAAAAAUCUCUGUUCUUCAGGAGGAAAAGAGGCAACUGGUCUCUCAGGUCAAGAACCAGAACGACAACGAGACCGUGAAUGACGUGCUGUGGAAAAGAUCACAUAGCUUGGAAGGGUCUGAUCUUGAUAGCAAGGUGAACGCUGCAGAAGAACUGAAACGCAUUGGGAAAAAUGAUCUUGGUGAGUUCAAGCAACUCACAGAAGAGAUGCAGGCAUUCGAAAGAGCCUUCAAAGGUGGACAGUUUCAAACACGGCGUGGAAAAUGUGAAAGCCCUCUGCACGAGAAGAGUGUCAGGUCAGUUGCAGUUGGAACUGACGAAGAAAUUAUCACGUCGUGUAAACCAUCAAAAGAAAGCAAAUACGCCUACACCGAUCAAGUAAAGACAAGGUCUGUAGCAACAGAAGUGUCUGAAGUUAAUCUUGGAAUUUACACAGAACAGGAGGCAGAGCUUGACGCCCAACAGCUAAUAAAUGCGGCCUUGAAGGAGCGAAUUUGUCAGUUAGAAGCCGACCUGAAAGAAUCGGCCCUCCAGACGGAGUUGACCCGGCUAAAAUUGGAGCUUCAGGCUGCAGGAGCAAGGAACCGAGUCGACAAGGCCUGUUUAACCAGACCAUCCACUGCCAGCGCAGGCACAGAGGCGAAGCCAGACACCAAAAGCCAGGGAGUGGGUAAUCACACAGAGCUCAAAGAUGCCAGCACAGGGGAGCCAAUAGAGGUGAAGACUGUGGGAGUAUCUUGUGAGCCUAAGAUGGAGGAUAUUUGCGCAGGGCCAGAUGAACCCAUGAGCCACUGGGAGGUCAGGGAGCGAGUGGCCACCAGGGAAAUGGGCGUGGGGAUCCAGGUUUUUACAAGAACGCAAGGGGUUGGGACAGAGGUGAAGGUAUGCGAUGCAGAAAGCAACACAGAGAGGCCAGUUGAGAAUCUUAGGUCUAAGAAAGAAAUGAUUAAGAGCCAUUCGGUGCCUUGUGGGAAUUACUGUGUUGAUGUGAUCGGUUGUGAGGCAAAGGAAGUUGUUUCUCGAGGUGUGGCCACAGAUCCGGUCAGAGGCGUUGAUUCGGGUGUCAUGGCUUCCCCUCAGACAGCUUGCCAGCGCACCAACACCAUUUCCAGUUCAGUGUCUCGCUUUACCAACACCAGAAAAGCCUUCAGCUCAGACUCCAGCACAAACACCCUCCUCAGCACCCAGGACAAGCACACCAACACCGCUCACACUUCCACUCGGACGGUGUCUGUAGGGAACAGGGACAACAGAUGCACCACAGACACCCGCACAAUUGGCGUAGGCACUGCAAAGCUAGCAGAGAGCAUCUCGAAACAAACGCAAGAGACGGUGAUCAAGGUAACUCGAGACACCGGCGUCGGGUUUACAAACAUUAACGAAAACUUUCUGGUUGGACUGAAAACUCGGAAUAUGGCCUCUGGACCGUCUCAUCUGCCCGACCCCAUCAAGACAAAAAGCAUCGGUGUAGGGGAAGGGAGAAUACGGGAUUUGUCAGCUUCGCCCAGCACACCUGGGCCGAAUGUCCAGCAAACCACACAGUUCCAGUGGGACCAGGAGUUAAACCAUUACAUAGAGAAGAUGCAUUUGAUAUUCAGGGAGCAUGGGGACCUACUCACGGACGGCUGCACUGACCAUAACAGCAGCCCCAAGCUGCUCCGCAGUAACAAAGCUGUGACACAAGGAGAGACGGAAGUUCAUCUCUUCAAUUCUCAGCCAAAAGUCGAUUCUUCCAAGAACAACAAAGCCAAUCCGGGAAUCUGUCAACGAGGCGACACCGAUUCAGACGUGAAGAGAAUGAUCAAGAUGUUAGAACAGCAGGCGUCCUCGGCUCAGGAAGAGAGGUCAGCUAACGCCGGGAAGCCACUUUCUGAAGUGAAGAAACAAAACCGGGAUCAGUGCUGCAGCAGCAGGAGGAGGAGUAUGAAGUUCAUGAGGGUGACUACAGGAUUGGACCCUGCGUCAGAUUAUGAGGACACUGCAGUAGAAAGAAUAGGAAAUAAAACAUUAAGGGAAGCGCCUCCAGAUGGAGUCCAAGCAAGAAAGGGACAAGACGCCUCCAACAAAGGGUUGAAAGGGUCUGCAAGAUUAUAUACACAACAGAGGUGCAAGUUAAGUGAAAGGAUGUUUUCUGCCUGUCAAGCCUUAAAGAUGCACCUGAGUGAUGAGGCUGCUUUACCCAGCAGAGAAUUGCAGGAUUGUCUACACACACUAGAGCAAGAGUGGUUCUCCGUGUCCAGCCACAGGUCGGCUUCUCCUGACACCCUGAGGGACUUCAUCUCUGCGUUUCGGGUCAUUUCCCCCUCGGUUUUGCGACACAUAGUUAAUAUGGCUGACGGCAAUGGAAACACGGCUCUACACUACAGCGUGUCUCACUCCAACUUCGGAGUUGUCAAAACACUGCUUGAUGCAGAUGUUUGCAACGUGAAUCAACAGAACACGGCGGGUUACACGCCCAUCAUGCUGGCCGCUCUGGCCGCUGUGGAAAACCCGGAGAACGUGAGAGUGCUGGAGCGGCUCUUUGCGAAAGGAGACGUCAACGCCAAGGCCAGCCAGGCUGGUCAGACGGCCCUGAUGCUCGCCGUGAGCCACGGCAGGAUGGACAUGGUGCAGGCGCUCCUGGCUCAGGGGGCCGAGGUCAACAUCCAGGACGACGAGGGCUCCACCGCGCUGAUGUGCGCCAGCGAGCACGGCCACGCCGACAUCGUCAAACUUCUGCUGGCGCAACCUGAGUGCGACACCGCCCUGACUGACAGUGAUGACAGCACGGCCCUGUCCAUCGCACUGGAGGCGGGACACCACGACAUCGCUGUGCUCCUCUAUGCUCACGCCAACUUCUCCAAAGGACACGCGGGGGCUGCUGCUCGUCACAGUGGAAAGUCACUCCCUUCCUCUGGUGGAAGAAAUGUCUUUUGAAUGAAGGGUGGCGUCUUGUGUCUUAUCUCCGAGGUGAUUCCAUGUGACAGUAGUGCUAUUCAUUCUCCAACGGCAUGCAUACCAGUCUGACAUUAUACCAUAACUCAGCGAGAAAUGUACUGUUUUAUAUUAAUUUUUGCCUUUAAACGUAAAGUUUUAAAGUUUCAAAGCAGGAACUGAACCCAUAUUUAUUUUAAACACUUUACGAUUACAUCAACCACAAUCUCUGAGGUUACUGAGAUGUGUAUCUGUUGCUAAGAGUCACAGGAAAUUGUUCUUGCUGAGCGUUAGAUGACUAUCAGCGUUAUUCUUAUAUCUGUUUGUUUGGAGCCAGUAGAGUGUAAGUGCUUUCUCGCUACGCUGUCAAGCAUGUUCACACUUUGGUCUGUGUACUGAGGAAACAAACAAGAUGUAAUUGGUGAUGAGCUUUAGAGGAGCUGGCAGUCAGACUUUCAUUUGGACCCUGCCAGGCUAGUUGCUUCCACCUGGUUUUCCAAUCCAUUCUAAUCAGCUAACAGAAGAAUAUGGACCGAGUGGUUUAGUUCUCGUCUUCUCACAGCGACAACCGGAAUAAGUUUAUUUCCCGCAACGCUGACUGACCCCUUUAAGGCGGCCUGUGUGUUAUAGUAGACGGGUUUCACUGUUUUAAAGGCUGAAUGUUUUCUCUUCUGUGUCUAAAGUGACUUCUCAUCAUUAGUUAUUGAAGGUAAUUGACUGUUUAAUAUUCCUCUCCGUUUUCGUGUGAGUUUCACUUCCUCUUUCAUAUAUUGCUAAUUAAACAGGUUUCAGUAUCA